AUGGGAUUCCCAACGAUCCUUGUGCUCGGACUUACGCUCUGGGCUCCGUUCUGCCUCGGAGGUCACGCCGACGGACCUUUUCAGGGCACGCAGGAAGUGUCCAAUACGUCGUGGGAAGAGCAAGUGAACAAGUCCAAAGUGAACAUCGAUGCGGUGGCCAACGAGAUAUUCCCGUACGUGGUGGAAGGUUCCUCCGAUCUGGAUGUGUCGGUGGACUGUAUGACUUCUCUUCUCAAAACUUUCAAGGCGUUCAGGGACCUGAAAGGAUGGGCAGUUCGACUGAUGGACUCCUCGGGAAAGCUCCCGGAGGGUCUCCUGGAAGGUCGGCUGGCCUCUAUCGGAGCGUACGACGAGUGCCUCGACCUGGUAGCCGAAUACAAGGAGAAGAGACUCUACCAGGGAAAAUACUGUACAGUCUACCUGUCGUCUGGUCACGACGUCCAGGAAGUAUUCACCAACGAGACGGACGCCGCGGCCCACCUCACUACUCUGCUUCUGCACCCAGAGAGAAUGACAAGGCUGGUGUACCGAGUCGCUCCAGAGAGCCGGAAGUUCCGCAUGGGCAUUUGUGUCCCGUCAGUGUGUUCCCAGGUCGACGUUCAGAACGUAGUUGCUCAUGCUUCUUCAAAGUCACUUGGAGCCAAAACUCACGUGCAACGAUGCGAAGUACGACAAGAAACGAAGGUGCUGGGCUUUCAAGGAUUCCUCAUAUUCUGCGUCUGCUUACUGCUCGCCCUUAUUUUGGCCGCUACAGCUUUCGACCUCAAGUCAGACAUCACGGCACAAAAGGCUUCCGAACAAGGUGGCGUCCGGCUGUGGAUCGGAGCGUUCUCGCUGACACGUAAUCUUCGCACGCUGACUGUUCCCGAAGACCCAGAUGUGGCCGCGGCACAAGGAGUCAAGGCGAUCAGCAUGGCGUGGCUCAUCUUCGGACACACCUAUUUCCUCGCAGAGAACACGCACAUGUUCAGUGGACUCCUCAGGGCCUACGACAACAUGGCGGGGGACCUGUUCUUUUCACCCUUCAUCAAUUACACCCUGGCUGUCACCACCUUCUUCCUAAUCAGUGGACUCUUCAUAGCAUACAGAAAUCCCCCUUCAACUGAUGCACUUACUGUGAAGGCUUGCUGGCGAUUCGUUGUGCAGAGAUACUUCAGGAUGACUGCGCCCUUUCUGGCAGUACUGUCCCUUCUGCUAUUGUUACCAUUAAUGACCAAUGGACCAUUCUGGGAAGAUUACGCUGGUGCAGAGAUCCGAAGAUGUUCUUCCGUUUGGUGGACGAAUCUGUUCUUCAUCAGCAAUUUCUGGACUGCCGACCAAAUGUGCCUUUUUGUCACGUGGUACGGCUCGACCGUCUUCCAGUUUCUCAUUCUGGGCCUUCUUCUACUUCUACUGUUCCAGAGAAAUAUGAAACUGGGAUUUGUCGGAGCAGUGAUAUUGGUUGCAGCCGGCGCAAUUGUCACAGGGGUCGUGACUUUCGCCAAAAAUCUGCCCCCGGGAAUGUUAUUCGAGCCAAACUACAAGGAGGUUCAAAGGGUUUCAACGUGGAUAUACCACAAGCCGUAUGCCCAUAUUGGCGCCUUCUGUGUUGGAAUCAUUCUGGGACAAGUGUUACGAGAAUCGAACAAAAGUAGACUGUCGACGCUGGCUCAAGUUCUCGGCUGGGUGGCAUGUUUGACAACUUCCACAGUCGUCCUGCACUGCGGAUACACGUGGAAUCUAACCAGGGCUGGUGCAGCAGCUGCAGGGAUCUACGCUGCUCUCCACAGGACAUUCUGGGCACUAGCAGUAGGAUGGCUGCUGUACGCAUGCGCUACAAAGCACGCAUGGCUCCUAAACAGCUGCCUGUCUUGGAGACCCCUUCAAGCUGUUGGCCGACUCAGUUACACAAUGCUUCUUCUUCAUCCACUGGUCAUCAUCUCGCAGAAAGCUCAGAACAGGCACAUCACAUUCUUUUCACACUAUGAUAUGAUACACCUUUUCCUGGCACAUUAUGCGCUGACUGCCAUGCUUUCCUUCGGUGUGUACCUGUGCGUCGACAGACCCUUUGCUGAACUGGGAAAACUCCUCGUCGCAAGCAAGUUCCAUGGGCCUUCUUCCCUCAAGGUCUAUGGCCAGAAUGUUAGUUCCUUUGUCGCAGCACUCACCAAGAGGAAGAGACCACUAAACACAACUACACAACAAGAGCGUACCAAUGACGUCGGAACCAGGAAGACGGAUUCCGCCCCAGUGUGAGGGGAGCACCAGUGUGUCAACGAGAUGGACCAUAUGCAUGCUGCGUAUCGCGCCAUACACAGAAAAAGAAAAGUGUUCGAGUCGGUUAUAGAUAACGAGAUAUGCUCUCGUUCAUAUCGUCAUUUCUUGUCAUAAGUGAGACGCAAGUUCGUCUUUCUAUUAUAGUAACGCUUUGAGAAUGUCAAAGGUCAUCGAUAAAAUAACUUUUUUGUACAGCC